AUGUUUAACAAUUUAAGCAAAAUAAUUUACUCUAAUUUGUUUUUAAUAAAUAAAAAAUAUAUAAAUACAAAUGUACAACUAAGAAAUCCGUAUUACAGAAAAAAGGGAUUUUGGGAGUGGAGAAGGAGAAUUAUUCAUAGAUAUAAUGAAAAAAGAUAUAUAAAGAAAAAUAUAAAACCAAAAGUGAAAAAUAAAAAUGAAGUAAGCAUAAAAAAUAAAAAAGAAGACGUAUAUUGGACAUUUAAAGUAUAUCAAUUAAAAAUUAGUUUAAGAAAUUUAUAUAAUUUUGGUAGAUUAAUUAAAGGACUUCAUUUAGAAGAUGCAAUAGUAUUUUUAGAAUCUAUUCCUCAAAUAAGAGUAAAUAGUAUUCUAAAUUCUUUAUUAAAUUCUAAAGAAAAAAUUAUAAAUAAUUUCAAUGGAGAUGCUUCAAGGUUAUAUAUUGAUAAUGUUCAAAUACAUUACAACACCCCAAUGAAAUACAUUAAAUAUCAUGCAAUGGGUCAUUUUGGUCUUGUAAAAAGUUAUAGAAAUACUUUUACUUAUACUAUUAAGCAAAUGAAUAUACAGGAAUUUUAUCAUAAAAUAUUUAUUAGAGGAAAUGUGCCUAGAACAUUAUCUCAUAAUAUGAGAUUAUAUUUGAAUCAAAAUAGAAUUAACAUGAACACACUAAUUGAAUGGUAUCCUUACAUAUGUGCAAAUUCUAGAUAUUAUUUCAGAGAAAAAUUAAGAUAUCUAAAUAAUAUGUAUCAAUUUAACUAUUAUAAAUCAAGACAUAAAUGGAUACAAAAUUAUUUUAAUAAUAUUGAAAGAAGAACAAAUGAAUUAAGAUUACAAAGGAAUAUCAUAACUGAAAAGAUGAAAGAAUAA